GUAUUAGCAUAUUGUAACAACAUUGUUGAACAUCUUUGUUUUUGAUAGUUGCAUUUAUUGUAUUUGCCAAUCAAUCUGGAAAACACGCCCACCGGGUCGAGCUGGAACUGCAGACGCUGGCGACUCGUGGAGGAUGUAGGAAACUGCUAUUUGUAAGGAAAAGCGUUAUUGCUGAGCAACUGAGAGAAGACCAACGUAUAUAGGCUACUAGGUCUGGGCACCGAGAUCAGUGUACAGUUCCAUUGGAUAUUGCAAGCCUCCACCAUAAAAGCCAGCGAAAUAGAGCAGUAAAUAAAAGGAUGACAUAUGGUUGGAGUGAGUAGCGUAGCAGAGAUGAGUCUCACAUCAUGGUUCCUGGUGAGCAGCGGGGGCACUCGUCGCCGUCUGCCCCUGGAGAUGAUCUUCGUCGGCCGAGACGACUGCGAGCUCAUGCUGCAGUCGCGGAGUGUUGACAAGCAGCAUGCAGUCAUCAACUAUGAGGUGACCAGCGAUGAGCACAAAGUCAAGGACCUGGGCAGCCUGAACGGGACAUUUGUGAAUGAUGUCCGAAUUCAGGAGCAGAUGUAUGUCACUUUAAAGAUUGAUGACAAGCUGAGGUUUGGAUAUGAUAUCAACCUGUUCACGGUGGUGCGAGAGGAGAUGACUGUCCCAGAUGAGGCUCUUCAGCAUGAGAAGUUCACCAGCCAGCUCCAGCUGACUAAGAAGCACUUCAACGGUGAGCCCACCAAGUCACCUGGCAAGUCCCCCGCUAAGACCCCCAGACCACCCGAGACCAAGGCAGCCGAGGGGACCAUCAUGGAGCCAUCGGCCAAACCUGCUGAUUCACACCAGGGAGAUGACAAGAUGGCAGGGGACAUAGCAGCAUCGCACCGGGGAACACCUCUGUAUGGACAGCCAUCUUGGUGGGGGGAUGGGGACGCAGACGACGAGAACUCCUUCAAACAGGAGACCAAGACGUGUGGGAAGAAGCAUGACAGCUCUGCAGCAGAUGGCAGAGAGUCUAAGAGGAGUGAGAGGCCUAUGGAGGAUGGUCUGGGUCCUGAGCCCAGCUACUUUGAGAUCCCUACCAAGGAGUCUCAGAUGGCUGAGGACAGCAUUCAUGAAAUCCCUACUAAAGACACUGAGGGGGCUGCUGCUACCACCGCCAGUAGCGCUCAGGGCCACGCCUCACCUCACGCCUUCACCAUCGAGUUUGAUGACACCUCUCCUGGCAAUGUCAGGAUUAAGGACCAUGUGUCCAAACUGACUCCGGACCACCGGCCCCGGCCUAAGAAGGCCCCCCAGCCGGGGAGCAAGGACCUCAGCACCCUACAGGCCGCCAUGAUGGCCUCUGAGAGCAAGGUGGCUGAUUGGCUGGCCCACAAUGACCCCCCCACGGUGCACAGUGAGUCCACAGAGGAGGACAGCAAGAGCAUCAAGAGUGAUGUCCCCGUCCACUUCCACAGGCUCAAAGGCAGCAAGCAUGAGGACGGUACCCAGAGUGACUCUGAGAACGGGAUUGGCCUGCGCUUCGGCAGCCGGAGGCUGGCUCUGGAGGAGAGGCUGAGGUCGGCGCAGGGAGGACAGGGAGGUCAGUGGGGUCGGACUACCGGCAACAGGACUACCUUCAUGAUCGAAUUCUACAACGAUGACAACCCCCGCAAGCGACGCUCCUACUCCUUCUCCCAGACUGCACCGCUGCUUGGGGGUGCGGCCAGGGAGGCUCUUUGCCCCACCCCCCCCUCCCACUCUAAGGCCCCUUCCACCAUGACCACAGACUUCAGUAAGGCCCCGUUAUCAGCGGCCCUGAUAGCGGGAGCCCCCACUGCCGCCCGAGUUCUGAUGAAGCAGAGGUCUGAGGACCAGAGCAUAGGGAGGAGCUCGGUCAGUACAGGCCACCAGACCACUGAGCCCAGCCCCAGUGAGGAGGGUCUGAGGACCCCUCGGUCUCAUGGGGACAGGAACAGGGAGCAGGAGGAUGACCAGAGUGAUAAGGGAACCUACACCAUCGAGUUGGAGAACCGCAACCCUGAGGAGGAGGAGGCCAGGCGCAUGAUAGACAAGGUCUUCGGGAUGGAGCAGAACCAGGAUCUGUCUGUCUCAGGACCAGUAGAACUACAACAAGGAGGAGGGGGGAAGAAGGAGAGGAAGACCACAGAGAUGGGAGAAACGGUGAAACCAAGCUGCCUUCCAUCCGAGAGUAUGUCUGAGGAGUCGUUGGCAGUGGGCGGUAGUCCCUGGGUGUCUCAGUGGACCAGUCCAGCUGCAAACCACACCAGAACCGAUCCAGAGGGGUCUGGUGCUGAGUCACCUGUCUUCGUCCAUCAGCAGAGAGAAGUGGAUGCCUUUGAGUCGGGCGUUUCCAUCCGAAGUACCAGCUCUGCCACCUCCAGUCUCACCGAGCGUAAACGCAGGACCCUCCCACAGCUCCCCAUCGACGACCCCCGGGCCAAGCCUGGGAAGAGCUUGUGCGGCCUGGGCCUGCAUCGCUCAGAGAUCGGGGAGAAACAGGAUACGGAGCCCCAGGAAAAGGAGAGGCAGGUGGAGAAUGAAGGAGACAGGGCAUGUUUUACCUCCAUAGAGGAGGGGGAUAUGAUGAACCAGACCAAGGCCCCACUACAGGCUUCCUCCAAGCCCUCUCUCAGACCUAUGAGCAGCAGUGAGAAGAGGUCCGAGGAGAGGAGGAGGCGGGCGGAGGAUAGGAUUCAGCACUACAACAAAGGUGGAGGGGACAGGGGGGAGAAGUCAGGGGGCAAGUCUCUAGUCCGUCAGGGCAGCUUCACCAUUGAGAAGCCCAGUGGUGUGGUGCCCAUCGAGCUGAUCCCUCGGAUCAAAGGUGAUGCCGGUGUCCUGGGCAGCGAGCGCAGUGACUCUGUGGGCAGCAUGGACACAGCCACCCUGCUGAAGGACACAGAGGCUGUCAUGGCCUUCCUGGAGGCCAAGCUGAGGGCUGAGAACAAGCUGGACAGAGCCAACCGUGCAGGCUUCUUCUCCCCUGAGUCAGACGUGGACACGGCCAGCACCUACAACCAGGCGGCAGGGGAGGGAGAGAAGAAACCAGCUCACCAGAAACGCCGCUCCCUCAGCAGCCUGUACAAGGAGAAGAGCAACCUGGGCUCAACCUCCAAAACCGGUGCCAGCACCAACGCUCGCGAGCGCUUGGAGAGAAAGACCAAGACCAGAACUGAUCCCAGCCGGCUAGAUGCUCGCCGCUCCGUCCAGCCUGCCUCGUCACGGGCACGCCAACCCUCCCAGGAUCUCACAGAUGACGACCAGACCUCGUCCUUCCCCAUCUCCGACAUUCUUUCCUCUGACCAGGAGAGUUUGCAUAGUCGCACGUACGGCCGCAGCCACUUCACCUCUACGGAUGACCUGCUACAUUCCAAACUGGAAGCCAAAUCCAGCUGCAAGACCAGCUCCAGUAAGUCUAAGACUCUCCAGGCCGCCACAGCUUCCUCCCUGGGGAAACAGGCCUCUCUGCCCCAGCCACGGCCUACCAGAACCUCCCUGCUCCGCCGGGCCCGGCUGGGGGACACAUCCGACACGGACCAGGCCGAUGCAGACAGGAUGUCUGUGGCCUCCGAGGUGUCCACCACCAGUUCUACAUCCAAGCCUCCAUCUGGUCGUAAAGGGCCCUCGCGGCUGGACAUGUUGGCCCAGCCCAGGAGGACACGGCUGGGCUCCAUCUCGGCCCGUAGUGACUCAGAGUGUACAGUAGGUCGGAGCAGCACCUCCUCCCCUCGCCUGUCUGCAGAGACCAUACUGCGCCUGGGCCUCCGCUCCCCCACCGACAACAAACUGGCUCCUCGCAUGAGGGCCAACAGUGUGUCCAAGCUGACCGAGGCCAAGUCCAGAAUCAGCACCUCCAUCCACAACACUCCCUCAGCCUCUAACAGGUGGAGACGAUUGCCCCCAGAAUAUGGAUCCACCUCCGAGGAGGAGUUUGGCUCCAACAGGACCUCCCCCAAACCCGGGCGCCCCCUGCGCCCACACCCGGUCCUGAGGGGUACCAGACUGGGGGGCUCCACCGGCAUCCUUAACUCUGGUCAGGUUGGCCCUGGAGGCGUGGUCCUGAAACACCGCAUGAGAGAACAACAGGAGGAGUACGUCAAGGACUGGACCGCUCACGGCGAGGAGAUUGCCAGGAUCAGUCAAGACCUAACCAAGGACUUGGCCAUCCUCGCCCGGGAGAUCCACGAUGUGGCCGGAGAGAUCGACUCGGUCAGCUCCUCUGGCACGGCUCCCAGCACCACAGUCAGCACCGCCGCCACCACACCCGGCUCCAAUAUUGACACCCACGAAGUGGUAGGCCGCACGCAGGAAGGCACGCAGGAGGGCUUGCAAAAGCUGAUUGACUGUGUGUUUGACGAGAGCCUCAACUUCAGGAAGAUCCCUCCCAUGGUGCAGAACAAGGCCCCUGAGAUAAACGGACGCCCUGUAGAGCGCCGCCCCCGCGCCCCAGACAGCCUGGACUGCGUCCUCCAGAGACGCACAUGGAACAGAGAUGAGGCGGUGUUGGACAGUCUGCUGCUCACAUCUGUCUCUCAGCUGUCUGCCCAAAUCAGACAGUCUGUUGACAAAACAGCAGGAAAAAUACGAAUAUUGUUCAAAGACAAGGACAGGAAUUGGGAUGAGAUUGAGAGCAAACUCCCAUCUGACAGCGACAUACCACUCCUCAAAACCUCCAACAAGGACAUCUCCUCUAUCGUCUUGGAGCUGAAGAGAGUGGAGAAGCAGCUACAAGUGAUAAAUAUCAUGGUGGAUCCUGAAGGCACCCUGGAUGCCCUGAGCAGCCUUGACCUGACCAGCCCCCUUACACCCAAGCCCUCUCCUGGUUCUCAGGGGCCCCAGAAGACCCUCCCAGGCCCUGCAGUCAGGGGCUACACCGCCUCCUCGGCACCCACUGAGGGGUCAGGGUCUGUGUCAGCCAGAGACCUGGGAAGCCUGCACUUCAACCGCAUCCACCCCAGUGGAGAAGAGAGUGCCAUCACUCAGAAGUGAGGAGGUUCCCACCCUCUGAUGCUUCAUAUAUAGAACACUUGCCUCAAUGAACAAUUUGCCCUCUUUCGGGAAUAUUUCAGAAUGAACCUCCACCACCCUAGUAACCUACCAAAGCUAACAGUAAAACAGUUUUUUUUAUGUGAGCCAAGUUUCCAAACGUGAAAUAAGUGUACAGUGGAGCAAACUCAAAAUGUUUCUUAUUGUAUUUUGAAUGGUAAUUUAUCUGUUUUGCUGGUAAUCUGUUUUCUAUCUAUUUUCUGCACAUUUGUCUAAAAUACUGAAUUUCAACUUCUCUGAGCAAUUCUGUACCCAGAGAAUCUUAUACAUUGUUAUGGUGAAAUGCAAUUCACAUGAAAAAAUGUUUUUAGUGUUUGAAAUGAUUUAAGACUGUUACAGUACCAUGUUAAACUAUGUUACAGUACAGUAAUGCAACGGACCUCCGUUGGCUCCGUUUGCAUAGACUUGAUUAGAGCCCUUAAGCCUGGUCCUUGACCCAAAUUACAUAUUUCAUAUGAUUUGCAUUACUUGAUAUUUUUCCUGUUAUGACUAUGCGGUAUCUUUGUAAACUGGAAGUGAAAACGAAAAUGUGACAUUGACCGGAUCUUUUUCAUCUUGGACUGUUCUGAGUCCUUCCCCUUUACUGUAGUAUUUUAUACAGUAACAUGAGUCCAUAAUGGUGUACCAGAUGUACACCCUGAAUGGCCUUUGUUGGAGAGAGCAGGUUGGUCUUCUACCAAGAGGACCUCUGUCUGUUUAGUGUUGAUUUACAAGGACUUUAAAUUGGUCUUUGAAAUUGUAUGCUUAUAGCUUCAUUAGCUAUAACCACUGUCAUUACAGACAGAAGUUACCAUCAAAGCUACAUUUAGCUAUAACCACUGUCAUUAAAGACAGAAGUUACCGUCAAAGCUUCAUUAGCUGUAACCACUGUCAUUAAAGAGAGAAGUUACCAUCAAAGCUACAUUUAGCUAUAACCACUGUCAUUAAAGACAGAAGUUACCGUCAAAGCUACAUUUAGCUAUAACCACUGUCAUUAAAGACAGAAGUUACCGUCAAAGCUUCAUUAGCUAUAACCACUGUCAUUAAAGACAGAAGUUACCGUCAAUGCUUCAUUAGCUGUAACCACUGUCAUUAAAGACAGAAGUUACCGUCAAAGCUUCAUUAGCUAUAACCACUGUCAUUAAAGACAGAAGUUACCGUCAAAGCUUCAUUAGCUAUAACCACUGUCAUUAAAGACAGAAGUUACCAUCAAAGCUUCAUUAGCUAUAACCACUGUCAUUACAGACAGAAGUUACCGUCAAAGCUUCAUUAGCUGUAACCACUGUCAUUACAGACAGAAGUUACCGUCAAAGUUGCAUUAGCUGUAACCACUGUCAUUACAGACAGAAGUUACCGUCAAAGUUGCAUUAGCUGUAACCACUGUCAUUACAGAAAGAAGUUACUUUCAACGUUGCAUUAGCUGUAACCACUGUCAUUACAGAAAGAAGUUACUGUCAACGUUGCAUUAGCUAUAACCACUGUCAUUACUACAUAUAUGAAUGAUGAUCAUAAGACUAUAGCAAGCCUUUUACUGACAUUGAAUCACUCACCAUUCUACAUUUCCAUAAGGGAGGAUGUUGUCAUGUACUCAUACAGUAUGUGUGUAUAGACUUGACAACCUCACUGCGUUUGCUGCUUCUCUUUAGUUCCCUUUUGGAGGGUUAGCCUGACCAUUUUACAAGCCUUUCGUGUAAAGUUAUGUGUCGUCGUAUAAAAUGUAUUCAAGAUCUUGCAACCGUAUUUAGAUACUUAAGCAAUAGUGAAGUUAGGUACCAGAAAACAUGCUCCAUCUUUUCUGCUUCAUAUACAGACUUUGAUGUCACCAAGUGCCCAGUUUGAAUAGUAAAAUGGCAUAACGUUUUUUAAGAUGAGGAAUCAUCCAGAGUGGAAUGAAAUGGUAUAAUUUGUCAAACGUGUCAAAGGCUCUUCAAGUGUCACCGUCAGUGGUUUUAGGAUUCAAAAGGACAAAACCAAAAACCUAAAUGGAACCGCUGAUAUCAGAAUGAGAUGCCUCUGUACCUAUCCUCUGCACACCAUCAUGUGUGUCAGUAUAUUACAUUAAAGAAAGAAAGUGAUGGGAAUACUGAAGUGCUCGGUACACUUUUUGUUCAUUUGAAAGUGUACACAUUUGAUAUGUUUUACUUUUCUGUUUCAUGUUUUGUGUAAACCACCAUUUGAUUUAUUUUGUUAAUUCAUUGUAUUUUAUUGUUGCAAUUCAUGUUUAUUGUUAUGUUACUUUUUCAAUUAAAUAAAAUGUUUAGAUUCUUUCCUUA